GCCAAACAUUCGGGCAAGUCUGUUUGUCUUGAUGUCAGAUUUUCUGAUGCGUGUGUGGAUAUUUCUUGCAAAACAUUCGAUGGGGUCUAUCCACACGUCAGUUACUACAACGACAGUGCGGAAUUGUUCGAGGACGCGGACUUCAGCACGCAGUACACGUACAGCUAUUACUACAUCGUGGUUACCAUGGUAACGGUGGGAUAUGGAGAUAUCACACCCAAUACACUGAAUCAAAUUUGGUUUGCAAAUGUCAUCAUGGUGGUCACAGGUUUCUUCGACGCGUUUAUCUUUGGUUACGUAGUGAUGCUGGUUUCCACCUUCUACUCCGAUAAUGUGGCCAACAUUGCGAAGAACAAGCAUAUUCUCCAGUAUAUAGAAAACAACAAUCUCCCGAAGCAAGUAGAGAGGCGUAUCUGGCACUAUACAACGCACAAAGACAACCUCAGACACCGCUUUGACGUCGAACAUGUCUUCAACGGCUAUCCCCCGCAUCUGCUGAAGGAAAUCAAGCUCUACUCGCACUUUGACAAGGUGGUACGUCUAUUGGGUACCAACAUACCCGUGGACGUUUGUCUGCGUUUAGCGUCUCGCCUGCAAUGGACAUACUGUGUAAUUCAGGAACAAUGGGUGGAGGAUGGCUUGUUUGGCGACCACGCGUUCUAUCUUAUGCGGGGGCAAAUGACCGUGUUCCACGGCGACUGCUGUGUUCGCGAGCUCACUGGACCGGCGGAUCUAUGGUAUGGAUCGGACAUGCUCUUUGGCCCCAAAAAGAAACACGAGGUGUGUG